CUCCUUCCCUGCCCUCCUCCCUGCUGUCCCAUACUUGGGGCGGGUGUUCCACCGCCCCCGCCACCACUGCCACUCCACCCCUGGUGCAGAGAGAAGCUGCAGUGAUAACUCUGGUGUGCAUGGUGGAGGCGCUGCCUGGAACGCCAGAGCUUCUGUCGAAUCCGGUCCUCUGCUCCCUGACACAGCGCUUGCACCGGGCUGUCCGGUGACCCAGUUGAGACUGCUGAGCCGAGUCUUGUGAGCUCUCGCGGCGGCGGGGCCAUGCAGCCCCGUGGUUGUGUAGCGCUUUGGGUGCUGUGGUUGGCGCAGGUCAGUGAUCAGCAAACACCUGCUUGUGCCCUGGGACCCUCAAAUGCAGCGUCUGGGAGUCCGGGAAACCCGCAAACUCCGCUAUCCUCCGGGUCGGACUGGCUGGAAACCGAUGAGUAUGACCUGGUUUCUGCCUACGAGGUGGACCACAACGGAGAUUACGUAUCCCAUGACAUCAUGCAUCACCAGCGGAGGAGGCGGCGGCCGCGGCAAGCAGCAGCCCAGCCAGGAGGUGAUGCCCUCCACCUGCGACUGAAGGGCCCCAGGCAUGACCUCCAUCUCGACCUGAGAGCCGCCAGCAACUUGGUGGCUCCUGGAUUUAUGGUACAAACUCUCGGGAAGGGAGGCACCACGUCUGUGCAGGUGUUACCACCAGAGGAGUUCUGCUUCUACCAAGGCUAUCUACGGUCCCAGGGGAAUUCCUCGGUGGCCCUGUCGACCUGCCAAGGUUUGUUAGGCAUGAUAAGAACAAAGGAUGCCGAUUACUUCUUAAAGCCGCUUCCUCCACACCUGACAGGCAAGCCCAGUGGGUCUGCACGGGCUGGCUCUCCCUCCCACGUCCUGUACAAAAGAUCCACGGAGCCCCAGGCGCUCAGAGAAACCGAAGUCCUGCUGGUCACCAGGCAGCGAGAUCUGGCAAGAUCUCCCCUUCACCAUGGCAACUUCCAUCUCGGCCUCCCACAAAAGCAGCAUUUCUGUGGUAGACGCAAGAAAUACAUGCCCCAGCCUCCCAAGGAUGACCUCUACAUCUUGCCCGAUGAGUACAAGCCUAGCUCCCGACAAAAGCGCUCCCUCCUGAAAUCGCACAGAAAUGAAGAGCUGAAUGUGGAGACCCUGGUGGUGGUUGACAGAAAAAUGAUGGAGAACCAUGGCCAUGGCAAUAUUACCACCUACGUCCUCACUGUACUCAACAUGGUGUCUGCUUUAUUCAAGGAUGGAACAAUUGGGGGAAACAUCAACAUCGCCAUUGUGGGGCUCAUUCUGCUGGAAGAUGAGCAGCCAGGGCUGGCGAUUAGUCACCAUGCAGACCACACUUUAAGCAGCUUCUGCCAGUGGCAAUCUGGAUUGAUGGGGAAAGAAGGAACUCGCCAUGACCACGCCAUCUUACUGACUGGUCUGGACAUAUGUUCCUGGAAGAAUGAACCGUGUGACACCUUGGGGUUUGCACCCAUCAGCGGGAUGUGCAGUAAGUACCGAAGCUGCACCGUCAAUGAAGACUCGGGACUUGGACUGGCUUUCACCAUUGCCCAUGAGUCUGGACACAACUUUGGUAUGGUCCAUGACGGAGAAGGGAAUAUGUGCAAGAAGUCUGAGGGCAACAUAAUGUCCCCAACACUGGCAGGGCGCAACGGUGUCUUCUCCUGGUCCUCUUGCAGCCGUCAGUACCUGCACAAGUUUUUAAGCACUGCCCAAGCGAUAUGCCUUGCUGAUCAGCCGAAGCCCGUGAAAGAGUACAAAUACCCGGAGAAGCUGCCGGGACAAUUGUACGAUGCGAACACACAGUGCAAGUGGCAAUUCGGAGAGAAAGCCAAGCUCUGCAUGCUGGACUUCAGAAAGGACAUCUGCAAGGCCUUGUGGUGCCAUCGAAUUGGAAGGAAAUGUGAAACGAAGUUCAUGCCAGCAGCAGAGGGCACCCAGUGUGGGCAGGACAUGUGGUGUCGUGGAGGACAGUGUGUGAAGUACGGUGAUGAAGGCCCCAAGCCUACCCAUGGCCAUUGGUCAGAUUGGUCCCCUUGGUCCCCCUGCUCCCGGACCUGUGGGGGAGGAGUUUCUCACAGAGACCGUCUCUGUACCAACCCCAGGCCAUCUCAUGGAGGGAAGUUUUGCCAGGGCUCCGCACGCACGCUGAAGCUCUGCAACAGUCAGAAAUGCCCUCUGGACAGUGUAGACUUCCGUGCUGCCCAGUGCGCCGAGUACAACAGCAAGCACUUCCGAGGGUGGCUCUACAAGUGGAAGCCUUACACCCAAGUGGAAGAUCAGGACUUAUGCAAACUCUACUGUAUCGCAGAAGGAUUUGAUUUCUUCUUUUCUUUGUCAAAUAAAGUGAAAGAUGGGACUCCAUGCUCGGAGGAUAGCCGUAAUGUUUGUAUAGAUGGGAUAUGUGAGAAGGUUGGCUGUGACUAUGUUCUUGGGUCAGAUGCUGCCGAGGACUCCUGUGGGGUCUGCAAGGGGAAUAACUCAGACUGCACGAUGCACAGGGGACUCUACAGUAAACACCACCGUACCAACCGGUACUACCAUGUAGUUACGAUUCCGCCUGGAGCUCGGAGCAUUCGUAUCUAUGAGACCAACAUAUCUACUUCCUACAUCUCUGUGCGCAAUUCUCUCAAGAAAUACUACCUGAACGGACACUGGAGUGUGGACUGGCCUGGACGAUACAAGUUUUCAGGUACCGCCUUCAACUACAGACGGUCCUACAAGAAGCCUGAGAGCUUAACCUCCACUGGACCAACCAACGAAACACUGAUUGUGGAGCUUUUAUUCCAGGGUAGGAACCCUGGUGUGGCCUGGGAAUUCUCACUGCCAAGGUCAAUGAAUGAGAAGACCCCAGCUGUCCAGCCCAACUACACUUGGGCCAUCAUACACUCAGAGUGUUCUGUCUCCUGUGGAGGGGGCAAGAUGAAUUCAAAAGAGGGAUGCUACAGAGACCUGAGGGUUCAAGUGAAUGCAUCCUUCUGCAACCCCAAGACUCGACCUGCCACAGGGCUGGUACCCUGCAAGGUGUCAGCUUGUCCUCCCAGCUGGUCCGUAGGAAACUGGAGCACAUGCAGCCGGACGUGUGGCGGGGGCACUCAGAGCAGACCUGUGCAGUGUACGCGGAGGGUGCACUACCGUGACGAGCCCAUCUCGGCCAGCCUGUGCCCGCAGCCUGCACCCUCCAGUCACCAGGCCUGCAACUCUCAAAGCUGCCCACCCGCUUGGAGCACCGGGCCCUGGGCUGAGUGCUCUCGAACCUGUGGAAAAGGGUGGAGGAAGAGAGCGGUGGCCUGCAAGAGCACCAACCCCUCAGCCAGAGCCCAGCUGCUGCACGACGCUGCCUGCACCUCGGAACCCAAGCCGAGGACCCACGAAGUCUGCCUGCUCACGCGCUGCCACAAGCACAAGAAGCUGCAGUGGCUGGUGUCUGCCUGGUCCCAGUGUUCUGUGACCUGCGAGAGGGGGACCCAGCAGAGAGUUCUCAGGUGUGCCGAGAAGUAUGUCUCUGGAAAGUACCGAGAGCUGGCCUCCAAGAAGUGCUCACAUCUGCCGAAGCCGGACCUGGAGCUGGAGCGGGCCUGUGUCCUAUUUCCCUGUCACAAGAAUCUUCCAUAUUCUGCUGCAGGCCCCCGACGAGGCAGCUGGUUUGCCUCACCCUGGUCUCAGUGCACAGCCAGCUGUGGGGGUGGUGUGCAGAGGAGAACCGUGCAGUGCCUGCUGGGAGGACAGCCAGCCUCAGAUUGCUUCCUGCACCAGAAACCAGAGACCUCCUCGGCCUGCAACACCCAUUUCUGCCCUAUUGCAGAGAAGAGAGAUACCUUCUGCCAAGACCUCUUCCACUGGUGCUACUUGGUACCUCACCAUGGCAUGUGCAGUCACAGGUUCUACAGCAAGCAGUGCUGCAACACCUGCUCCAGAUCUAACCUGUGAGCUAGGACUGGUCCCGGCAGCAAGAAGAUGCCCCCAAGAGCACCAGAGAGCUGUGCAGUGUGCAUUGGGAUGCAUCCAAGAAGACAGGAGCUGGAAGGAGACGGAUUGUUGGACUUCUGACCCAGGGUGCAUCAAUGUGUUUCUGAAUGUGGGAGCACAUACUUGCUCUCACAAGGGCGUGUUCUGUUCUUCUGUUAGGUGGGAAAGUGGGGUCCCGCUGGGCGACCUCCCGCACACGGACAGAAGGGACCUGUGCUAUAGUCCACAGGAAGCAGCCGUUCGCUGGGUUGGCAUUCAGCCAAACCAAAUGCCAAAGACAGACAGCACUAACAGCAAAUGCUGGAUGUAUUUCCAAAAAGAGAAGUGUAAGAAUCAGAAAAGGGUUCAGAGCAUCUGCCAUCCAGCUCGCUGGCCUCCCUCCGACCUCGGGGGCUCCACUGUCAUCAUGAAAGGCUUGUGGACACUGAGAGGCAGGCAUGAGAUAGCUCUCUCCUACCCCAGUGGCCCCUAGAGCAGGUACCUGCUGGGGCCUCUGACUUAGGACUUUUGCAUACUUGGAAAUGGGAGAACAAAAUCCCCACUAAGGUGCUUUCUGUACUUCCAGACCUUGCCCUGGAGGAGCAACUUUGAUACUUUUGUUUUCUUUCUCGGUUAUUUACAGUGAGUUACUGUUUCAACCCAUUUCUCAGUGCUGUUCUGUUUUAAAGGAGGAAUCAGAAGCAUAGGUUACAUGAGAAUAUAGGUAUCCCUGGAACAUCAGGGUCUCCAGUAACAGACGCCAGCCAAGUCGCUGAUGUGCUGUUCGUGUUAAGCCCCAGGCUGUGGUUUGUGUGUUGAGUGGUUUUAAGAUCCAUUCUGUAAGUUUGCUUCUGAGCUGAGAGCAGAGGCCAAUGACCUUCAAAUGGAAGGACUCAUGGCAACCCUCCAACCUACCCCUGUACUUCUCUGUCAUUAUUGGUGCUUUAUUUCUGAUCUCCCCACCUAGGGCCUUCCAAAUAGGCACCUAGAUAUUUAUAUUUACUGAAAUUUUAUAAUGAAUUUUAUAUCAUAUGGUGUGCUUUGGAAUUGCAUCACGGUUUGUCAUGACGUUUGCUUCCGAGGGGAAGGGCUGGCAGAGGAUACCCGAGAAGCAAAGUCUAAGAGUGUUUUAGAGCAUCAUGGGCAGUUUUCUAUGCCUGCCAUGGAGGAGAAGACAGAACUGCAGGAGAGAUGGGCAGCGACAGGUGACAAGGCCAUGUAGAGCAUCUUUGCAGCAGGUCCUGGUAGCAGGGGUCAGGGAAAUGUGAGGCUGUGCUGUAAAGCAAAGGCAGUAGAGAGAAGACAGGUGAUUCAAGCAACUGGCCACUGAUCACAGAGCUCAGUCCCCUUGAGGUCUGUUGUGGACACCUGCAGUCUGAAACAAAGUUGUGGACAUUUUGAGUGUGAAUCCUAAAAGACGUCAGGCUGCAAACUUGGGUGUGACUUCCAUCCAGGCCGCUUUUUAAUCCACUGUCUAGCCAAGAAUGACCAUGAACUUUUGGCCACCCCCUUGCCUCCACGCCUCAAGUACUGGGAUAUCAGGGCAUGGGACCUGGAUUAUGAUGUGCCAGGAAUGGAACCAUAGUUUCAUUGGUGUUAAGCACAUUCUCUACCAACCAAGCGAUAGUUGGUAGUGUUGGCCCAGCCUUUUUUGGGGGAACCUCUGUCUUUUCUGUAUGUUCCCUCGGCUGAUCUGCUAAGUUCCACUCACAUAUUAGAGCAUGUUCUUUCUUUUUAGGCUAAUAAUUAAAUGUUAAUCACGUCUAGAAAGCACUUUCACAGAC